AUGAAGGAAGAAGACACCCAUAACAAGAAACUGAAGAGAAUGGCUAUCCCGCUCGUGCUGAGGUUCCCAAACUCCACCACCCUUGUCCUUGCAGGUAGCUGGAACAGGAGCCCGGGCGAUAGCAGGAUGAACAAAGCCACCGCUACAAUCACUGGUCCCCAAUCCGCACCCCCCAUGUUGGGGAUCCCUAAUAUGCCCGUCGUUGCUUGCUUCUCAAUCAACCUUGCUGAAGAAUGCUGCCUGAAGCCCUGA